AUGGCUCUACGCUUUGUAACGGCGGAGUUAGUGCUGCUCCUGACAGCUUGUGUCGGAGCAAGCUGUCCGCCUUUAGAGCAAGUGCAGAAGGCUGAGGUGGUAGCCACCUACAACGUCUCCAAAGCCCAGGGGAGGUUUUAUGAAGUGUUUGUGAAAGAUGUUGUGGAGGCUCCCUGCACUUGCUUUUUGAAGGACCGGCGUGUUACCUCCAAGAGUUUGCAGGACAGGGAUCAGCUCUACUGCGGCUUUGGGGAGCACAGGGCCUGGUACCAUGCAACAGAAGACAACUACUUUGUGACCGGCCAGAACGCUCGUUUCGACCUCGUAUUUCAGUCGCCACUUAUCCGUAAAGUCCACUUUCCGAACAUUAUCUUGGGUUUCGCGGAGGAUGCCACGGGUGAGUAUGUGUGGCUUGUGGAGUACCAGUGUAUGCAGGCGUUAGGUGUGCAGACCUAUAUGGGCUUCAACAUCUAUCACCGCCGCUGGGACCCACCUGAGGCGGAUGUACUUGCCAUACAAAAGGUCCUUGAGGAAGCAGGUCUUGGUGAAUAUUGGGGCCACAGCAUCAAGCCGAUGGGAGGGCCACAUUGCAACUACACAGCAUCACCUUCCGCAGAUGAGGCAACCGAGACAGUUUUGGUAGUGUAG